AAAUCAUAAUAAUUGGCAGUGCAGUAAUACCAAUUAGUUUAGACAUCUCAUUUUGAGUAUCAAACAUAGAGUACAGUUCCAUUACAGGUUCAUGGCGCGUGAGUUGGAAUAGUCUUCAGAUUUUCUUUCCAGCAAAGCUCAUACUGGAACUUGUGGUGAGGACUCUGUUAAUUACCUUUUCUUUGCUCUUUCUUAUCAUAAGGUGAUUCCAGCUAGAUGCUAAAAUUAGCUUGAACUUAAUGCUUCUUACUCAGUCUGAGUAAAUGUUAUUGUUCACUGCCUUGUUUAUAUACCAUACCCUCCCCCAUCCUUUUUAUUCACUCUGGUUUAGAAUUAUCUCUCAACAUGAAUAGACUUUUGGCAGAAAGGCUAGCCAUGGAUUUGAAUCAGUCAGCACCAAUGGAGUUUGUCAUUUCUUCAACACAUUCUCCACAGAUUCAAAACUUCAUGUCAAUGAGUUCACCAACUUUGCCAUAUGAGCAGACAUCUAAAGAGAACUGGCGUCUUCUGCAUUUGAACUGCUGUUUAGACCAAUUUUGGAGUCAGCAAAAGCUGGAGAUUCAAAAUGCUCCAGAUUUCAAGGACCUGAAUCAGCUGCCUUUAGCAAGGAUCAAGAGGAUUAUGAAGUCUGAUGAGAAUGUGAAGAUGGUCGGGGCAGACACUACUAUCUUGCUCUCCAAGGCAUGUGAGCUCCUCAUUUCAGAGCUCACGCUUCGUGCAUGGCAUAAAGCUGAGGAAGUUAAGCGCCGAACAAUUCAAAGCUGUGACAUUGCUAGGGCUAUAAGGCAGGUUGAUGCACUUGAUUUCUUGGCUAAAGCUGCUCCCUUGGAGGACUACCAUAAGGAUGAUGAUAAGAAAUGUUCUGAAGGCUAUCAUCAUGUUAACCAUCAGCCUUUUCCUCUGUUGGACAUGAAUUCUAAACCUGAAGCCCAGCAGGUGAGGGUGAAGACACCUACUUCUGUUCCAUUCAACUAUGGACCUCUCAAUUAUGGACCUCCUACCAAGGUCAUGAGGCUCAGUGAAAGCAACAAUGGAAAGGGGAGAAAAUGGUAGCCGGAGCAAGUCAGCAUCUGAUAGAAACUAUCAUCUCAUAUGACUAUUGAAUAAAACAGAGACUUAUCUUCUAAUAGAGAUAUGAUUUUCCUUUGUUAGGUGAUGGUGUUGUAGGACGGCCAGAAAAGAAUAAUGGUUCUCUAGACUUUAUACAAGUUCAUUAUAACAUCAUUGAAUGCUUUUGUUUUGGGAUUUCUUAUGUUAACAGUCUUUUAUGG